AACGGCCGUUUGACCGUCAACACUUCCGUUCGGAAUUUUGCGAAGAAAGUUUGUGUUUUGUGCUCGCAAUAAUGUUCAGAGUCCACAUAUUGGAAUUUUUGAUGAUACUAUUCAUUGUCAGCACUUGUCAAGCCAGAGUAAUAAAUGGAUUAAGACAAGCCAAACUUAGCUUAACGGAUCCGAUGCCAUAUUAUUAUAUUAAUAAUAUCGACGGUCACCCAGGCACAUAUUCGUUCGGCUAUGACAUAUCUGACCCAUCGACUGGUAAUACACAGUUUCGCACAGAAGAGCGCUACCCAAACGGUACGGUUGCGGGGAGCUACGGUUACGUCGACGCGUGGGGGACACCACAGAGGUAUCGGUACAUUGCCGAUGCAAGAGGAUAUAGAAUAACAAAAGAACGACCAUUCAAACCCUACAUACCCCCAUCAACGAUAACUCAAAUUCCGGUAGACUCCUCCAUCACCUGGUCUCGACCGAAAAUAUCAAAUAAGAAGCAAAACAACAUUAACUCUAUCACCAACGAUAUGAAGAUGCCAGAACUAAAUAUUCUAAAAGAUAAAGAUAAUUCUUUUCUUCUACCUCCUAGUUAUUACGUUGAAGAUUAAAUAUGUUAAUUUUAUCAAAUAAAGAAAACAAAAAUGUCAGUUCUAUGUAUAGCUGGCUGUUGGUAUAGUUUUAU